AAACGCAAAAUAAUAAUAUAAAUCAAAUAAUGAAAACGAAUUAUUUCCUGUCGAAAGUUGUCCCAUGUCAAUCGAUGGUUUCGUCCAGAGACACUUACAACGGCCGAAACCUUAUAAGAGUUUGAUACAGUCCCAACACUGUUCAGAAGAGAAUUCGGUCAACACGGAGCGACUGUUAACAAGCCGCGUUCCUCUAAAACAUUUUUAUUAGCUUUACUGCUGAAGUUUGAAAUUUGUAUUGACUGUCUGCAAAUUAUUACGACUGGACACUUGGAUUAAGACGAGACAUAAGGAGUUUUUCCGGAGUUUUAAACGUUAUCCUUCCGUUGUUUUCUGCGUUGUCGUCGAUAAUACGUCGGGUAUUCUUUUAUUUUUAUUUUACGUUGCGAUUUACAGUAUUUAAAAGGUCUUAAUUUACUUCUACAACACGAGCUAUUGUUGAAGAAAGGAUGUCAUCGUCUGCAGAACGGGUUUCCUACAUCGAAAUGAGUCGAGUCAACACGACUGGCACAGACAUCAGUAAUGAUGAUGAUCUACAAGGAGAGAUGGAGCCAAACGCUUUAUUACAAGAGGCUGAGUGGUACUGGGGUGAUAUAACAAGGGAGGAGGUGAAUGAAAUACUCCACGGCAUGCCUGACAGUGCGUUCCUGGUCCGAAAUGCCUCCAGCAAGUUGCCGGGAGAAUAUACAUUAACAGUCAGGAAAAAUGGCUCAAACAAACUCAUCAAGAUCCAUCAUCGAGAUGGGAAGUUUGGAUUCUCAGAGCCUCUGACCUUCAUCUCAGUGCCAGAGUUGAUAUUGUACUACAGGCACCGGAGCUUAGCCCAAUACAACACUGCCCUGGAUGUCACAUUGGCAUAUCCCGUGUCCCACCAUUGCCCGGAUCUACUUGUGAAGGAUGAGUAUUUGGGUGCAUCUAGAGAGAACGUUCAAGAAUAUCUAGGAUUGUUUGAAAAGACGACAGAUUAUGACCAGCUAUAUGAUGCUUAUACCACGUUAUUACAGGAAAUCCAAAGGAGAAACACUGUCGAGGCUGUUAACAUGACAGAGAUCUCCAAAGAACAGUGGCGUUCACAAGAGAACGCAUGCAAGGACUUUGAAGAAAGAAUCUACAGUGACCUGAAAGAGUGUACCUGCAAGAUGAAAGAGGAGCGAGAAAGAAAUUUGGAGCUCCUGGAGGAAGCCAGCUGGUUUGUGGGAGAUCUUGGUCGAAGUCAAGCAGAGGAGCUGCUCCAUGGAAAACCAUCCGGAGCAUUCCUGAUACGCAACAGCAGCACGAAAGAUUGCUAUGCCUGCUCUGUAAUGGUCGGCAACCAGGUGAGGCACUGUGUGAUUCGCCAUACGGAGUGCGGCUAUGGUUUCGCAGAGCCGUUCGAUCUCCACAAGUCUUUGAAGGAGCUAGUUAUGCACUAUCAUUACACCUCUUUGGCACAACACAACCAGGCCCUGGACGUUCGGCUUGUGUAUCCAGUCCACAUGUACGCUGCUCCUGCCGUUCACAUCUGAGUCUGCUCGCCUCGCCUGCAACUGGUAUCUUGAUGAAGUGCACUAAGGCUGAGCUAGAUUACGCCAUAGUUGGCGUGUCCCUUUGCUUUACUAUUUGUACAUUGUGCAAAGGGUGGAACCAACUGUCAAGGCUGUUGAGUAUUGCACUUUCCAAAGGAGACCGCAUUCCUUAUGGUCAUAAUGAUACUCAAGUACAUGAAGUAUUUGAUGAGCCCAUUGUAGACCCAUUUACGAACAUUAACAAUAUUAGCAACAGGACUUGCUGAGUUUUGUAAUACAGUGAUCCAGCGACCCUCUUUUAAACAAAUCAAUUUUUUGGGGUAAAAUGGUUGUUUCUGUGGGGUGGAAUGCAUUUGUCUUUUUUUGUUUUUAUGAUUUAUUCUUCAGUGAAAUUUUUUUUCUUGUUAUUAUUAUGUGAAUGUAGCACAGUGAGGUACAUUUAUUGGUUAUAUUUUUCUAUUUUGGUUGCAGUCAGUUCAAAUGAGGUUUGUUUGCCAUAUUGAAAGACAAUUUAUGUUUUUUACACACCCAAAUAAUGAUUUUAAGUUGUUCAAACAGGUUCUAUUUGUUCCAAAGAAAUCCAAAAUAUUACUGUCUGCAAAACCAUUUUUAAAAGUAUCACUUUUUUUAAAUGCAGCUCGAAAGAAAACUUGAAUAUUGUUUGAAAAGUACAGUAUGUUUCUGUUUUGUUGCACUUUUUAAAGAGUAACAGAAAAUGUAUUUUCCAAUUCAAGUUUGUGUCAUGUUUACUAUUUUUACUAUGCGUUUUAGGAAAGACAAGGCAGUUUAAUUGUCUUAUGGGCUAAACAGCCCAGGCACUUCAUAGACUUCAUGAAUGCAUUGGUUAUGGGGACUGACGUGAUGCCAAAUCGCUCAUCCCUAAGAUGAGCAACUUUCUUUAAGAUCAUUUUAUUUUGCAGAUCUCCGCAGCAGACCGUAAAGGGAACUUUUACCCUUAUUUGCUGAGCUUCUUUAAAAAAUAAAAUAAAAAAAUGAAUGAGAAUAAUUUCAGAGACUGAACCUGUUUUUGUUUUUUCUUUUAAUGAAAAUGUAUUUAUUUUUUAAAUUGAGCACAUUAAAUACAUUUGAAGUACAUCUCAAAAGCAAUCCAGUUUCCUCAAACUGUGGUGUUUGGUGUUAAAUACAAUUGGGUGAUGUAAAUUUCAAAUCUCUUAAUUUUUGAAAUAAAAAUGUAUUCUAAUAAAAAAAUAAAU